GUCAACAGCACUGCAAAGGGAUACAUUGAAAGGAAGCGUUCAGCGCAAACCCGGCAUCUGGCUCUGAGUUGACCUCUUAGUAUUCCGGCCUAGAAUCCAGAGAAUUAAGAGGCAUAAGUUUUAUAUUUUAAGUUCUGUGUAUGUCACCAUACAUGUAUGAAAGACAAUCAGGAACCAGAAGUCUCUGGAAACACAUGCAGACUGCAACCCUUCUCAUCCUGGUAAAGGAAAGGACUUCAAACAGGCCAGUAAAUCUGCUGGUGGAAGAAAUAGAGAUUUUCUAUGCACUAAAAGUAUGGGUGUUAAAGGCUUAUAUACGUUUGUGGUCACUGCCUGUCCAGAUGUAUGUAUAGUGAUAAAUCUGAAAGAUGUGGCUGAAAACCAUUGUGGAACUCAUCCUGGAUCUGUUCCUGUCCUUGUAGUAGAUGCUAUGUCUUGUCUUCGACACUGGUAUACACCAGAAUCUUGGGUCUGUGGGGGCCAAUGGCGUGAAUAUCGUUCCAAUUUGGACAGUUUCAUAAAUCACUUUACAACCGCUGGUAUCAAACUAGUUUUCUGUUUUGAUGGCCUUGUGGAGCAAAAAAAGCGAAACGAAUGGGUCAAACGAAGGUUGAGAAAUAACAAAGAAAUAGCUAAGAUCUUUGAGUUCAUCAAAGCCAAUAAGCAGCAACCUGGAAGAGGAAUGUUCUUUAUACCAUCUGGACUGGCCACAUUUACGCGUUUUGCCUUGAAAACUCUUGGUCAAGAGGUGAUAUGUUCAUUGCAAGAAGCAGACUAUGAAAUAGCAAAUUAUGCACAAAAGAACAACUGUAUGGGAAUUCUUGGAGAAGACACAGAUUACCUGAUUUACGAUACCGUUCCUUAUUUUUCCAUUAGUAAGCUACACUUGGAUUCACUGGAAACAGUAAUGUACUCAAGGCAAAAUCUCUGCGGUUGGCUUGGUCUCCGUGUCCCAGAUCUUCCCCUUUUGGCUUGCCUCCUUGGCACAGACACUGUCCCAGAAAGAGCUAUGGAAGGUUUUCGGAAUCAAUGUUUAUCUUCGUAUCGGGCAAAAAGGCAAAGCUGUGACAAGAAAGAUAUUAUUAUUGCUGUUGCAAAUUAUAUUUCAGCUAUUCCACAUGUUUCUGAGAGUUUGAUGGAUCUGGAAAAAAUGCUGCCUUUGGGAUCAGACCAGUUAAUAUUGCGCAAAGGAAUAGAAUCUUACUUGCUGCCUGGACAGCAUUCUCCCUGGCUUCCUUGUGACUUCACAUCUACAUUACAGUUAGCAGCAGAGCAGAAGAAAGAUUUCCCUAUUUGUUUAGAUCAGGAAAUCUUUCAGAUAGCUGAAGAACAACACAUGCGAGCUGAAAAUCAUAUGAUAUACAAUAUCCUAAGCCAUGCAGAACUUGAGUGCAGCAACACGUUGGAAGAUGAAUAUGAUACCUCCCUUCCUGGACAGGCACUUAUCUAUUGCCCUGUUCGGCAGCACAUCUAUUCCAUCCUGCUGGAGUCUGCAAAAGAUGCCAGUGGAGCUUAUCCUGUAGUCAAAGAAUGGUUUGUAUAUGCUGGAAAUUCCUUGCGGCAGCCAGACCUAGUGCAACCCAAACCACUGCCAGGUGGCAAUCCUAAUUUGAGAACACUGUGGCUCAACAGGAGUGCUGAGGCCGAGAACCAACGUCUUUGGACAUUUCUGGCAUGCUUUCAACUUCAAGAUUCAGCAGAGGAUCUCCGGGCUCUGGAAACGCCUUUCUUUGUUGUUUGUUCCUUGUUACUCUACCUUCUUUUGCAAGUGGACAGCCUCUCUUUAGAAGAUCUGCAUGCAUUUAUGGCUCAGGCUCUGUGCCUCCAGGAGAAAUCAGCUGCUCAGCUUGCAGACUUGCAGCUUGCCCAAAUUGAUUCAAGAGCAGUACAGCUUGGUUCGCUGUUUGUCCGGGGCCUUGGUGUGUUGCUGAUGACCAAUAGUGCCUGUGGUUUUCCCUUUCAAAUGGAUGAUUUGAUGGCAUGGCAUGUAUUUGAUGGGAAACUUUUUCAAGAGAAAUACCACCAAGCUCAUAGAGGAUGCCCUCCAUAUCAGCUCCUAGAACACAAUGAGUUACGAUGCGCAAAGUUUCAGAAUCUGUUGGACCUGAUUUGCAAAGCAAGCAUAGCAAAUGGGAGGAAUAUCCAGAGCAGACCAAGACCAAGCAGCUUCAUGAUAAGGAAGCAUGGAAGGGGCAGAGGUUCUCACCGGAGGCUUCUGAGCAGAAAUCCAUCUCAUUCUUAUCAGCCCCAGUGCAGGGAAAGCCAGUGGAGAGAGCCUCAACAGACUAGUUCCUUCUCAGAAUUUCAGCCCUCAGGUUCACAAUAUAGACCAAGACACCAAUCCUUGAGGGGACAAUUCCAGUUUGCUCCUCGAUGGCCAAGAUGAAUUCCUCAAGGCUAUGAAUGAGUGAGAUGAGUUUGAGCAGAGAAGUUGUGUUCUGAUCAUGUAUUCAGUUAAUUGUUUGAAUAAAUGGGCUUUGUAAUUGA